AGCAGUAGUUGAAUACGAGGAUCUAGGGUUCUAACUGAGUGCAAAGGAGGAGGAGUUCACGCGGAGCAUGAAGUUGAUUGGGGAAGCGUGAAGCUGAUUCUCGGUGAUAGCACCGUUUCAGAAGCACAAUGGUUUGGUUACCAGCGACACUCACCAUAACCACGUUAACACUAACACUCGCUACCAUUUGCUUCUCCUCUGGUAUCGCAUUGAAGAGAAAAUGGGAUGUUCUCAACUCCAAGAUUCGUGAACUGGAGGAAUCUCUCAAGUCUUGCUCUGAUAAAUGCGCCUCUGAGAGGCAAGGUCGAAUUAGGGCUCAACAGGCCUUGAGAAAAGGGUUAGCACAACCUCAAUCUGAAAAUCAGAAGCUCAAUUAUUAUCCCAUGAUCCCAAUUGCUACUAUCCACUCAUGCUUCUCUACCAGGAAUGGGACACCAAGGCAACCGUUACUUGUACCACUUGCUAGAGCAAGCUUGGUUUUCAAUGCAACUCGUGUUCCGCCUGCAUCUCUUGAGGGUCUGGCUGAAUAUUCUCAUUGUUGGGUUCUGUAUAUAUUUCAUUUAAAUACAGAUCUUGAGAAGCUGUGGAAGCAUCCAUCUCAAUCAGGGUUCAAGGCAAAGGUGAGGGUCCCAAGGCUGAAAGGUGGAAGAAUGGGGGUGUUUGCCACACGAUCUCCACAUCGUCCGUGCCCCAUAGGACUCACAGUUGCAAAGAUAGAAGCUGUCCAGGGAAAUAUGAUUUUGCUUUCUGGGGUGGAUCUGGUUAAUGGAACUCCAGUGCUUGAUAUCAAGCCUUAUGUACCAUACUGUGACAGCAUCCAGGAAGCUUCAGUGCCAAAUUGGUUGAUGGAGGAUAACUUACUUUCAGUAGCUUCUAUUAGCUUUGCGGAGGACUUCACUUCAUCACUUGAGAAUUGCUGGACAAUGACAGAAAAGAAGUCACUCUAUGCAUCACCAGGUGAGUUCCAAAGCUUAAUAAAGCAGGUUCUUUCAUGGGAUAUCCGGUCAGUGAGUCAACGAAAUCGCCCUCACGAUGCACUCUUGACAAAAGAAAAGGAUGAACUAUUAGGUGGUACUACUACUUAUGAUGUAGAUGAGCACCAAGAUGAAACUGCUUUAGUCCAUGAAAGAGAGCAGAGUUCUCUAAACUCUAAGGAAGUAAUUUAUCACCUCAUUUUGGAGGGACUUGAUGUCUCCUAUAGAAUUGACCACUAUGGUAAUGUAAUUGUAGAAAAGGUGUCAACUUCUACUGUCUUGGACAAUAAGACCAAUUCCUACAAUUAAUUUAACUAAUAACUUAUUAAAUUUGAUUUUCGUUUUUUUUACUUUAAUGAAAAUGUUUUUGCUCUUUUAGAACAAAUUCUAUUAAAGAAGGAACUUUCUUGGA